GUGAAAAGUUAAGAAAUUGUAUUGCUUUAGUUUCCGCAGCGCCUGAACCUUCUUAAUUCGAAGAUUUCUUGAAUACAUUAGGAGUUAUUACGGGAGUGGUUGAUCAUUGUUAGGAGAGGACAGUGUUUGAUUCUGGUGUUUGUUUUUCCGUUGGGAGAGGUGGGUUAGUUGAUUCUGUUUUGUGUAUGCACAUUAGGUAUGCAGAUCAGCGUAUAAACGUUUAUUAAAUGAUGGUUAAUGGCGUGCUCAUCUUCGCUACUGAUGUUCAAACUGGAGAAUGUGGAAUCGAGAAAUCCACUGGAAUGUCUCAUAUGUGAUCGAGAAUUCUCGUCACCUGUUCGUUUACCAUGUCAACACAACUACUGUCGUGAGUGCAUUCAGAAUCGUAAAACAUGCCCUGUAUGUGGCAUUGCAAUUGAUGGUGAAGUCUGUCCGGAUAAUCUGCUUUCAUUUUUAAUUGAUACCAGUCAUGAAACAGCUGAUGUAUGUGCUAAUUGUGAACAGAUAUCACAGCCGAUGCAUUUCUGCGAAACCUGUCAACAGGCUCUUUGUAAUCGCUGUCGGCACUGCACACAUCAGGCCCGGAUGUUUGCUACUCAUCGAGUUGUGCCUUUGGAAGAGCGAGCACGGGUCAAAGGACGCAUGACUUGUCCAGCACAUGGAGAACCUUAUAUCCUGUAUUCGAUGGAGAGUCGUAAUUUGGCAUGCAUUGUAUGCUUUAAUAACGCUCCUUUUGAUUCAAGGCAUCAUCUCGUUCAAAUUGAUGCUGCACACAAAAUGGGUUGUGAAAAACUGGACAAAGCGACUGUGAAAUUGCGCGCAUUUCAAGACGAUGUUGGCGAGCAAUUGCAGUUAAGAAAACGUUUAGCUUCUGAGCUUGCCGAGAGUCAUCGUGUUGCGUGUGAAAGCAUUCGACAAACUUGUCAGGAAAUGACUAACACGCUACUGACAGUCCGAGAUCGUUUGCUAAAAAAACUUGACGAAGAAAUGGCUACACGUUUUCAACAUUUCCGUGAGCAAAUGAGGCAACUUACAUCCUUGCUGCCGACUGCACGGCUGUGCUUGUUGAGUGCCUCAAUUUUUUGCUCAUCUGCCUCAAAAUUGGACUUCUUACAAUGUUAUACAGAUUUGCUUAAGAGAAUUCAGUCACUAAUAUCAAUGCAGUGUGAAAAGCCUCAAUAUACUGGCGAUUUGACUGUGGAUAGCCGAGAAGAAUUCAAUAGGGCUUUGGAGCCAUUUCUUGGGCUGUCAUCGUUUUUGCUGUGUACUAAUGUAAACAAUGGAAGUGACGGAAAUGAAAGAAGCUGUGGAACUGCAUCUCCUAGGAAUAGUUUCGUAAGACGUUCUGGAUCCAGUUUUGUCAACGGAUGCCAAUUAUUAUUGCGUAAAUAUCAACUAGUUGUUGAUUUGGUUGGUGCAUUUGGUGAGCAGUUUAGUAGAGUAGAAACUCCGCUUCAACAAUAUAAUCAAGAGAUGACGAAACUUGGUAAAAAAUUGCAAGAGUUACAGAGAGAUUUGACGUUACGGCGAUGUAUUAUUGAGAAAGAUUCUAUGAUUGAUCUCAUCCGCAGAUGCAAGGAUCUGGAUAUGAGAGUGGGUCAGCAUUCUUCAGUUGUCAAUGAUUUGCAACCUCGACUGCAGCAAAUAUGGCAGGAGGAAUUGGAUAGAGUCCGCAGACAGCAAGUUCUCUUCAGGGAAAAGAUUGAGGAAAUAAUAACACUACGUGAGAAAGCACAUCAUAUCGUCAAUGCAGCUAAGCAGCUCGAACCGUAUGCUGUUUGUUUAGCUGCUGUAACUGCCGUGAUCGAUCACAAACGAUGUCACAAGCCAGACCCAGCUCCAAUGGAGACCAUCUGUCAACAAAUCAAUACUCUUGAGCCGGACAGCCAGCAGAGGAUUGAAGCUAUUGAAAAAGAAGAGCAGAAUCGACGCCUGGUUCAAGACCAAAAGAAACGACAAGAGCAAAUGAAGAUUGCGGCAGUUAAAAAAAGUCUAAAAACCACCAAAGAACAAAAAAGACUAAUGAGAAAAUUUACCGGCGACAAUUCCCAUCCUUCGCGUCCACCACUCGUGAAUAUGAUUCGUGAUCGAAGUAGAGGUGGUACAGAUCGAGCACUGUUGUCGCCUUGCCAACGGCGGCAUAAAGGUUGGUUAGUCGGUUCAAGAAAUCAAUCUGAUGCCGAUGAAAUGGAAAGUUCUCUAGACAUCUCUUUCGAGUUCUUUGCUGGAUCUUCGGCAGCUGAAGCUGAGCUCACAAAAGCGGAGUACGAGCUUCGAUUUUGUCGUUCACAACUGUUCCGUCGCCCAACUUUGCUGCCGACUGCAUUACCUUUCAACGAUACUUUACCGUCGUCGAUUAGUUCAUUACCGAAUGAUACUCACAUUUCAAACCAGAUAAAUGAUGUGGAUUUAAGCAAAAAAAAAGAGAAUAUUGCAAUUCAUUGCGAAGAGAGAAAUGAAAUGGCUAAUUCAAAAAUUCCUGAAGUCCCAUUUGUCCCAAAGACAAUAUUUGCAAAUUUGAAUAGCCUGAAUACUACACGUGGUACGUAUGAAGUGCGUGAAAAAGUAUUAGAAAGCUUGAAACAAAGGGUCCCCAUAGUCGACAGUUGUGCACAGUUCAAAACGGCAGAACAUGAUGCUUGCGUGUAUGAUAAGUAAAAAUCUUAAUGCAUCUUUUUUUUUUCUUAUACAGUAGUGCAAUACCUUCAAAAAU